AUGGAAAAUCACUACACAUCGGGGUAUUAUGACUUUGGUAUGGGUUGUGGAGGCUCAAAAACUCCGACGGAGAUAAGGAAGGAUUUUAAUUUUGCCGGCCAACAAGAAAAUGCUGCGUCAACGGAAUCAACGUCGGACUCUCAAUUUCCACCAUAUUCAACACAACGUGGAGUGGAUAACAUUACUCUCACCAAUGAGGCGAUGGAAGAAUGUGAUUAUAAACGCGUUCCAUGGAGUGUGGAUGAUGACAAGAUGCUUGCAAGUGCUUGGCUCACAAUUUCUAAUUGUAGCAUUGUGGGAAAUUCUCAAAAUGAUGAGAGUUUCUGGAAACGAGUCACAAACUACUUUAACGAGAAUCGGCAAUUUGGGCUGCCAAGAAAAUAUAAAGCUGUGAAAUCACAUUGGCACUGGUUGAGUCGAAUGGUCAAUGAAUUCAACCAAUACUACAACAAAUUGGUUGGAGAACAUCAUAGCGGAUGGAAUGAUGAUCAGAUCAAACAACAUGCACGAGAGCUUUUUCACCAGAAUAAGAAUAAGCAUUUUUUACAUGAACAUGUAUGGGUGUUGUUGAAAAAUGAUCCGAAAUGGAAAGCAAAUACUCCUAUGCAGCGUUCUUCAAAAAAGGUAAGAACUGAUGAAAGCAGGGCAUACACUUCUUCAUCCAAUGCGGAUUCAAGUUUCGACAUCGAUGACAGUGAAGUACGUGAAGUUCAUCCACUUGGUCAAAAAACAGCAAAGAAGGGAAAGAGAAAGGGAAAAUAA